UUAAAUUAUACAACAGAUAAUUUUUAAAGAAGAAACUCAUAUAUAACACAAAUUCACAAUGGUUCCCAGCGACGACUCGUUUAUCAGCGAAGAAGAAGAAGAAUUCUGCCCUCUUUGUGUAGAGGAAAUGGAUAUUUCCGAUAAGAAUUUUAAACCAUGUCCAUGUGGUUAUCAAAUCUGUCAGUUUUGUUACAAUAAUAUUCGCCAAAAUCCCGAAUUAAAUGGUAGAUGUCCAGCAUGUAGAAGACUUUAUGAUGACGAAAGUGUCGAAUACAAGUCUAUCAGUGCCGAGGAAUACCGUUUACAACAAUCCAGACGUGAAAAGAGAGAAAGAGAAAAGAAACAACGUGAAAAGGAGAAGAAAGAAAAUGAAAUGGCAAACAAGAAACACUUGGCAGGUUUACGUGUGGUCCAAAAGAAUUUAGUAUAUGUCACAGGUCUCAAUCCUCCGUGUAGUCCAGAUGAUUUACACUCAGUUUUAAGAUCCGAUAAAUACUUUGGCCAAUAUGGUAAAAUCUCCAAAAUCGUCAUCAAUAAGAAGUCUCCUACUGGACCUACCCCAGGAGCCCCCAUGGCUUCUUCCUCUGUAGGGGCAACACAACAUCACCACCUGAACCCUGGAUUGGUGGUCUACGUGACGUUUGCUCGUAAGGAAGACGCAUUGAAAUGUAUCAAUGAAUUAGAUGGAUCUUUAUGUGAUGGAAGAAUCUUGAGGGCCGCUCAUGGUACAACUAAAUAUUGUCUGUCAUAUUUGAGAGGUCAUCCUUGUCCUAACCCUAAUUGUAUGUUUUUGCAUGAACCAGGUGAAGAAGCAGACUCCUACACAAGAAAGGAUUUGUCUACCCAACAAGGAAUCAAGAUGGGUAUGAUGGGUAUGAGCGGUGGCAACGGUGGAAUUAGCUCCGUUUCUGGUGUACCUACCUCCUCUAGUGCCAGAACUGGCUCUUCAUCAAAUGGGAACGCAUACCAUUCAGAUCAUACUAGUCAAAAUGACUACUCUGGUGAAGAGGAGGAACAUCACUUCAGUACUUCUGAAGAGGAACACCAUCUUCAACAACACCAACAACAACUUCAUCAACAACUCCAAUCUGACAGUGCCGGGUUGUCAUCCCAACCAAAUGUGCCUAUACUCCCAGCCACUGCUCAUUGGGCAAAGGGUACCUCUUCUGCUAGUGUAUCACCUGCAGUCAACAACAAUGCUGCUUUGGCCAAUGCCGCUGCUUUCCCAACUCUUGGAGAAAUUUUCAAGGAGCAACAAAAGCAAGCUCAAAGUAAGCCAAAGAUGAAGUCUUCGAAGUCCACAAAGGAUAACAUUUUACUUCCAGAUGAUAUCGACAUUGACGAUGAUUCUGCUAUCCAAUUUAUUGAAGAUACUACAAGACAUUUGAAGAAUCUUUCAGAAAAGAAGGAAAAGUUGGCUGUUCAUUUCAAGAAAUUAAGCAAUUCUACUUCAGGAAGAACACUUCCACUCUUUGCAUUCAACAAAAGUUUUGAAUAUGCGAAUAACACCAAGCUCGAUGAAGAGAAAUUAAUUGCUAGACAAGUAAUCGAAAGAUUUAUCUUGAGACCAAUUAAGAACUAUCACUUAGCAUACCAGAACCACCCAAUCAGUCAACAGCAAAUAUUAUUGCAACAGCAAGCACAACUUCAACAACAACAGGCGCAACAACAAGCACAACAAACCCCUUCAAUCCAAGCUGCUCAGUUGCAACAAUUGCAAUUGGAGCAACAGAAGAGAUUGUUGGAACAACAGCAGCAACAGCACCAAGGUACUCCGAUUAACUCACAUCCUGCCUUGAAUGAAGAGCAAUCACACCAACAACACUUGUUAUUGCAACAAUUGCAACAACAACAACAGCAGCAACAACAACUCCAAUACCAGCAACAGCAACAACAACAGCAACAACAACAGCAACUCCAAUACUCACAAGCCCAACUCAACAUGUUGAAGCAUAACGAGAGAUCAUCUAAUGCUACCCCACCCCCACCAGGAUUGUUCUCUGGAAACAAACAAGCUCCACCCCCUCCAGUUCAACAAGUCCCACAAGCUUCUAACCCUUCAUCAUCCUCUCAAUUGUUAACUCAAUUGAUGAAUGGCAAAAAGUAAACCAAUUGUAUAAUUAUUAAUUCGCAUUUUUAACGUCUAUUCGUUCUAUGUACAAGUAGAAUUUUUGAUAUAUGUAUAUAUAUAUGUAGAGAGGAAGUAUUACAACUU